UACAUAGUUCAUUGAAAAGUUCGUGCAAAGAUUAUUCGAUUCAAAAAUGGAUAAAUUGAAAGACAUCAUCUCCAAGCCGAUCCAAACAGUACUUGUUUUUUUUGUUAAUGGAAAAAAGGUUGUAGAAAACUCUCCAGAUCCGGAAUGGACUUUGCUGUGGUAUUUGCGCAAAAAGCUCCACUUGACUGGUACAAAGUAUGGCUGCGGGGAAGGCGGCUGCGGUGCUUGCACUGUCAUGGUAUCCCAGUACUUACGAAAUGAAGAUCUUAUCAAACAUUACGCUGUUAACGCAUGUUUAACACCUGUUUGCGCCAUGCAUGGCUUAGCAGUGACUACAGUUGAAGGUAUUGGUUCUACUCAAGAUCGACUACACCCCGUACAGGAGAGAAUAGCGAAAGCUCACGGGUCACAGUGUGGAUUUUGCACUCCCGGUAUCGUAAUGUCCAUGUAUGCAUUGUUAAGAAAUAAAAUGAAAAUAGACUACAAUGAUCUUGAAACCGCAUUGCAAGGAAACCUUUGCAGGUGUACUGGAUAUAGACCUAUAAUUGAAGGUUUUAAAACGUUUACUGAAAAAUGGGAACAAAAUUAUGUUAAAAAUACACAGAGUUCGUGUGCCAUGGGUAAAGAUUGUUGCAAAUUGAAGGCAAAAGAGAAGACGGAAAAUCGUAAUCUAUUUAAUACAUCAGAAUUCCAGCCAUAUAGUCCCACACAGGAACCUAUAUUCCCUCCAGAACUUAAAAUAAAAGACGAUUAUAACCAACACAACUUAUUAUUUAUGGGAGAAAACGUAACAUGGAUACGACCAAAGUCGUUAAAGGAUCUAUUAUUAUUAAAGAAAGAAUAUAGAUGUGGUAAAAUUAUUGCCGGAAAUACAGAAGUAGGAAUUGAGAUGAAGUUUAAAAACAAAAAAUAUCCUGUCUUAAUAUCUCCUAUGUUUAUAAAAGAAAUGAAUGUUUGUGUCACCUCGGAAACUGGCGUGAAAAUAGGUGCAGCUGUUUCCUUGACUGAAACAAAUAACUUCUUACGCGAAGAGAUCUCAAGAAAUAAACAAAAGAUCGAAGUUCUCGAAGCAAUACGAGAUAUGCUGCACUGGUUUGCUGGAAAUCAAAUUAGAAACGUUGCGACUAUCGUAGGCAAUGUAGUAACAGCAAGUCCCAUAUCCGAUUUAAAUCCCAUUAUUUUAGCGAGUUCGUCAAAACUUUACGUUUCAAGCUAUUUAAGGGGAGAAAGAGAAAUCAUUAUUGACUCCAAUUUCUUUGAAGGUUACCGAAAGGUGGCACUGAAGGAGGAUGAAGUUGUUACUUCUAUUGAAAUUCCAUUCACUAAAGAGAGACAAUUCUUCAAAGCAUACAAACAAGCCAGAAGAAGAGACGACGAUAUAUCCAUUGUUACAGCAGCUUUUAAUUUGGUUCUGGAAGAAAAUAACGACUUAAUUAAAGAAGUAAAACUGUGUUUUGGAGGUAUGGGACCAACCACUAUUUGUGCAACGAAGUCCUCGCAAAAGAUUGUUGGUAUGCAAUGGAAUAAACAUUUAUUAAAAGUUGUUUUUGAAUCACUUAGUGAAGAACUGGAGUUAGAUAGUUCCGCACCGGGAGGUAUGGCGGAAUACCGCAAAUCACUCUGUCUUAGUUUAUUUUUCCGUUUUUAUCUUUAUGUGUAUCAAAAAGUGAUAAAUGGGCUGACGACACAGGAGAAUGAAAUUUGUGCAGUACAAGAAAUACAGUGUGAAGAGCCGAAAAGUUCACAAUGUUUCGAAAUCAAAAAUAAUGAUAGAAAGUCAUACGAUACUGUCGGGCAACCAAUCAUUCAUACUUCCGCUCUAAAGCAAGCUACAGGGGAAGCUAUAUACUGUGAUGAUUUGCCUAUUAUUGAAGGGGAAUUGUAUUUAUCAUUGAUAUUCAGUGACAAAUCGUUUGCAAAAAUUAAAUCUGUGGACGCUAUUAAGGCUUUAUCAGAACCUGGGGUGGUAUCUUUUAUUUCUGCUGAUGAUUUACCAGACGAAUGUAACAAAAUGGGUUCCAUAUUUAAAGACGAAGAGAUAUUCUCAAGUCAAAUUGUUACAAGUAGAGCUUGUGUAAUUGGAGCUAUUAUUGCUAAAUCGGAAAGUGCGGCGAGAAAAGCUAAGAAAUUAGUGACCGUGACAUACGAGUCCCUAGAACCAACUAUUGUAUCUAUUGAAGACGCAAUAAUACACAAAUCUUUCUUUCCCGGAUAUCCUAGAACACUAUCGAAAGGAAAUAUAAAGCACGCACUUGAAAACGCAAAAUAUGUUCAAGAAGGAUAUAUUAGAAGUGCAGCUCAAGAACAUUUUUAUUUAGAAACAAUGUCAGCAUUUGCAGUAAGGAAAGAAGAUGAGUUGGAAAUUAUAGCUACUACUCAAAACCCAGCAGAAAUAGCACAUAUAGUAUCUGAAACGCUGCGCAUACCAAAUCAUAAAGUAGUCGCUAAAGUAAAGAGAGUCGGCGGGGGAUUUGGAGGAAAAGAAACUAGAGCUGCUUUGUUAGCUGUGCCUGUUGCAAUAGCUGCAUAUAAAUUGAAGAAACCUGUUAGAGCUGUUUUAGAUAGAGAUGAAGAUAUGCAAGUCACGGGGUACAGGCAUCCAAUUCUAACAAAAUAUAAAGUAGCUUUCAAUGAUGAUGGAAAAAUUACUGGUGCUAUAUUCGAUGUUUAUGCUAAUGCUGGGAAUUGUAUGGAUAUAUCAUGCUCUAUGAUCGAGAGGCUGCUGUGCCAUUUGGACAAUUGUUAUGUAAUACCAAAUAUAGAAAUUAAUGCGUAUUUAUGUAAAACUAAUCUACCAUCGAAUACUGCAUUUCGAGGAUUUGGAGCGCCAAAAGCAAUGCUCGCUGCCGAGUGCAUGAUAAGAGAUGUGGCUGCUAAGUUACAGAAGAGUUAUGAAGAAAUAAUGAAACUUAACAUGUAUCAGGAAGGAGAUCUUACACAUUUUAAUCAGGCGCUUAACUAUUGCACCAUUUCCAAAUGUUGGAAAGAAUGUAUCGAGUCUUCGAAUUAUUGGGACAGAAAAGCUGCAGUUGGAGAAUUUAAUAGAUGUAAUCGAUGGAAAAAGAAAGGCAUUUCUUUAGUUCCCACAAAAUAUGGUAUAUCGUUUCAAACUGACCUUUUAAAUCAAGGAGGUGCUUUACUACUUGUUUACAACGAUGGUUCUGUCCUUUUGUCUAUUGGUGGAAUUGAAAUGGGACAAGGCCUUUUCACAAAAAUGUCUCAAGUGGCCUCAAAAGCACUGGGCGUGGAAAUUAGUAAAAUACAUAUAAGUGAAAUGGCUACCGACAAAGUUCCCAACAGUUCACCAACAGCCGCUAGUAUAAGUUCAGAUUUAUAUGGUAUGGCUGUCAUUAAUGCUUGUAACACUAUAAAACAAAGAUUAGAGCCAUACAGAAGACUAAAUGAGGAUGGUAAAUGGGAGGAUUGGGUUGCGGCGGCUUACGUGGAUAGAGUUAGUUUAUCCGCAACCGGAUUUUAUGCUUCGCCAAAAAUAAAAUAUGACAAAAACACAAAUUCUGGAGAUCUUUUCGAAUAUUUUACAUAUGGUGUAGCAUCUUCUGAAGUUAUAAUCGAUUGCUUAACGGGUGAUCAUCAGGUGUUGAGAACUGAUAUCGUGAUGGAUGUAGGAGAGAGUUUAAAUCCAGCCAUUGAUAUAGGUCAGAUAGAAGGUGCUUUUAUGCAAGGAUAUGGAUUUUUUACGUUGGAAGAAAUGUUGUUUGCUCCGAAUGGAGAGGUGCUAACUAAGGGUCCUGGGACAUACAAAAUUCCUGGUUUUUCUGACAUACCCAAAGAAUUUAAUGUUUCUUUAUUAAAAGGUGCGCCAAAUCCAAGGGCUGUUUAUUCUUCUAAGGCUGUUGGGGAACCGCCUCUAUUCUUGGCAGCUUCGGUUUUCUUUGCUAUCAAGGAGGCUAUAGUAGCAUACCGAGAGGAACAAGGAAUAUAUUCAGAAUUCGUUUUAGAAGCUCCAGCGACAUGUGCGCGGAUCAGAAUGGCGUGUGAAGAUAAAAUUACACAGCAGGUCAAGCAAACUAUAAAAUCGGGUGGUCAACCUUGGAAUAUUUCGGUUUAAACCACACUAAUCUUUGGUUUCUACUACCAAAACAUCCACAUAGAAGUAUACAGAGAUCUCUCUCAUUCUCUUUGUAUAAUGUGAGAUAACUUAUUUUUGUAUUGAUGUUUCGGUAAUGAAAACCCACGGUUAUGUGUUAAUUAAUCUUGGUGCUAUUUUUAUUAAACAAAUCUUGGGUUACGUAAACCUAAGUUAGAUUUCUAAGACUUAUUUACAAGAUACAUUGAACUUAUUCAAUAGGUUUUAAGGUCGUUAUAAACAAGUUGUGUCAAUCUUUUAAUAUCUGUGCAAUUGGGUUAAUUAUUAUCUUAAUAAUUAAGAAAUACCAAAGACGAAGCUUGUAAAAUAUUACUAGCAUUUCGAUAUGAAUCUUUAAUAUAAAAAUAUAUAAAAAAGUACAAAAGUAAUAUUGAAGUUGUAGACAUGGCAAGCUAAACGAACAAAUUUUUUUGGUUAAGAGAUCCAAAUUUAGGGACUGCUAAAUAUAAAAAAUAAGGUUAUUCAAUAAAUAUAUUUGAUAAAACAUUGGUUGGUUGGACCAAAGAUUGGCGAUCGGCUAGCCGCCGGUUUUAUUAAAAUAUAAAUCCCAAGUACAAACCGGUUGGGCAACUUUAAUUAGUAUUUCUAUAAGAGAUUCUUAGGUUGUGAAAGAUUAUAUAAUUUUUACAUCAAAAACCUCUACGUCACAAGUCCAUAUUAAAAUAUAGGUUUAUUGAAAUAAUUGUACACUUUAACUAACACAGUUAACUCUUAAACACAGAAAUAUUUAAUUAAAGAGUUAAGAUGUUCAAUUUAUAUAUCUUCGUACUAUU